ACGGAAUUUCCCAUAAAGCCAUUCUGCUUCGGUGACGCCAUAACAACGCGACAAGUGUUGUCUGCUCCAGCAUUUUUUUUCCACAAAGAAGGGAAAACUAAAGUCUUUUCGGAUUAUUUAGCACGCUUGUGUGCUUCUAUUAUUAGUCUCCUGAACGUUCGAGAUGUCUCUGGCAGACGAGCUUCUGGCAGACUUGGAGGAGGCAGGCGACGAAGGUGAGGAUGGCCUGUAUGCGGAAGGAGAGGAAGGCGACAGCGACGGCGAAGCCUCGCAGGCGAGGAACGAUGGCGGGCUGGAGGACAUCCCUGAGGAGAUGGAAGUGGACUACAGUAAAGCAGACAGUGUCGCAGCCAUUGCUAAACUCCGUAACAGCAAACAGUUUUCAGAUAUCAUGGAGAAGGUAUCAGUAUAUGUCGGAAAGCAGCGCAAGAUUUCAGAGGUAUCAGGCCCCGUGGAGGCUGAUCCAGAAUACAGACUCAUUGUAGCGGCCAAUAAUCUGACGGUAGAGAUCGACAACGAGCUCAGUAUCAUUCACAAGUUUACACGCGACAAAUACUCAAAGAGGUUCCCUGAGCUGGAGUCUCUGGUGCCCGAUUCUUUGGAUUACAUCCGCACGGUCAAGGAGCUGGGCAACAACCUGGAGAAGUGCAAGAACAACGAGACUUUACAGCAGAUCCUCACCAAUGCGACCAUCAUGGUCGUGAGUGUCACAGCCUCCACCACGCAGGGAUCUCUGCUGAACGAUGUGGAGCUGAAUCACCUGGAGGAGUCGUGCGACAUGGCCCUGGAGCUCAACCAGUCCAAGCACAGGAUCUACGAGUAUGUGGAGUCCAGGAUGUCCUUCAUCGCUCCCAAUCUCUCCAUCAUCGUCGGAGCGUCUACAGCCGCCAAGAUCAUGGGUAUCGCCGGGGGCCUGACCAACUUGUCCAAGAUGCCCGCCUGCAAUCUGAUGUUACUGGGAGCGCAGAGGCGGACGCUGUCGGGCUUCAGCAGCACCUCCCUGCUGCCCCACACUGGCUUCAUCUACCACUGCGACGUGGUGCAGACGCUACCCCCAGACCUGAGGAGGAAGGCGGCCCGUUUGGUGUCUGCCAAAUGCACGUUGGCUGCAAGAGUGGACAGUUUUCACGAGAGCUCUGACGGCAAGGUCGGUUAUGACCUGAAAGAAGAAAUCGAGAGGAAGUUCGACAAGUGGCAGGAGCCGCCGCCCGUCAAGCAGGUCAAACCGCUGCCUGCUCCUCUGGACGGCCAAAGGAAGAAAAGAGGAGGGAGGCGGUAUCGAAAGAUGAAGGAGCGUCUGGGCUUGACUGAGAUCAGGAAACAUGCCAACAGGAUGACCUUUGCUGAGAUCGAGGACGACGCCUACCAGGAGGACCUGGGCUUCAGUCUGGGUCAGCUGGGCAAGAGCGGCAGCGGUCGCGUCAGGCAGGCGCAGGUCAAUGACGCCACCAAGGCCAGAAUCUCCAAAUCCCUCCAGCGGACUUUGCAGAAGCAGAGCAUGACGUACGGCGGCAAGUCCACGGUGAGAGAUCGCUCGUCUGGGACCAGCUCCAGCGUGGCCUUCACUCCUCUCCAGGGCCUGGAGAUAGUCAACCCACAAGCUGCAGAGAAAAAGGUGGCUGAAGCCAACCAGAAGUAUUUCUCCAACAUGGCCGAAUUCGUCAAAGUCAAGAAGGAAUCCAAGAACUGAAAGCUUCACCUUUGGGUGUUGUGUUGACUUUUUUUUAUUUCAAUAAAACAUUUAACUAGAUUUAUUUGACUCAACACAGCCACCAUGUAAUUUGUCAAAAGUAUUUAUUGAAAUGUGUACAAUCCUGCUGUAGAACCCUGUAACAUCUCCCAUGCAGAGCUGUGACAAGACAAUAGAUACACUUGCCUUCCCGAAAAAAAA